AUGACGCUGCCGUCGCUUGGGCCGGCAGUCGUGGCGGCGCCGCUCGUGGUGCGAGCCCUGGCGUACACCACGCUGUGGGCGACGCACCAAAUGGCAGUGCUGCUGCUCGUCUGGGGGCUGCUACUGCUGCUGGAGCGAGUCAAGCUAAUCAAGAAGAACACUAAGGAGCCCACAGAGUCCAUCUGGACCAUGUUGGCUGUCAACAUGGAGGCAAGCGUCACCCACCCAUGA